GCGGUCGACGUGAUCAGUUUAGAGCAGUGAUAUAUUACGUGUAUUUGAUCAUACUAAAAUGGCCCACCGUACUAAAAAAAAGCGAUCAUACAAAAGGGCAACAGUGAAAACUGUCGUAGUUCACGAACAACAGUCCACUCCUCAAACAAUUAUAAUUCGUUAUGUUUCCGUGGCAGUACAAACUGACGAUAUUCAGCAAUCAGAAAUCACUGUUUUUUCCACGUCAAUUUUGCCUUUGUAUGUACGUCAAUUAGAAGAAAAACAUUGUCACAAAUUACGUAUAUGGACGAUCGAUAAAUUUUAAAUUAACAGCAAUUAAACUUUGUCUAUGGCAAAGUACAAAACUAAUACUAAACAACCAAAUCAUUAGUGGCAAUUUUCGAGCAAUAUAGUGAACCAAAUUAAUUUAACAAUGAUAUUUGCUAAUAACAAUAGCUUUCCGCCUGCCGACUUUCCGGAUUUAAUUGCCGAAUAUAUUAUUGUGGUCCAAACCAGGAAAAGAACUCUGAACAUGCCUGAGCUUGAAUCGGUCAACAGAAUCUACAAUCUGCCAAUAGUUGAAACCGGUGUAAACUAUGCUGGGGAUAUUUAUCAAAAAAUUAAAAAAUCAAACGGCUUAUUUUAUUGGACUCUGGACCAAGCCGAAAACACUUUGUAUUCAGUGAUGGAUACGGCUGGACCAGCUAUUGGAUUGUUCCAAGGACCCUUGUCGCAAGUUGAUAAAAUUAUUUGCAAAACUUUGGAUAUUGUUGAAGAAAAAGUUCCAUCUAUCAAUCUACCACCUCAAAUAAUUUAUUGGAACACCAAACAAUACGCCAGAAAUACUGUUAACACAAGAAUAGUAACUCCAGUGUUGAAAAGGGCCGAUUCAGUAAAACAAAUUGGUAAUACUGUAUUGUCUAGCAGAUAUACAGCUUUUGCAGCAGACACCCUUGAUGGAGCUUUAAAUGUUGCUGAUAAAUACGUGGACAAAUAUUUACCAGCUGAUGAUGAACCGGAUAAAUCAGUAGACGGUAAACCGGUAGAAGGCCCAGCUGGUAAAGCAAUCCACACAUUCCAACAUGCCGAUAGAUUGGGAAGGAAGCUAAAAAGACGAUUGACAAGAAGGACUCUUGCUGAAGUUAAAGCACUGAAAGAACACAGCGCUGAAGCUGUACACGUUUUAAUUUAUGUUGUUGAACUUGUUGCUACAGAUCCAGUUUUGGCUUUCCAAAAAGGCAAAGAACUGUGGGCCAGCUUGAGCAAAAACGAGCCAGAAAAUCAGGCUCGUCCGGAAAACGUCGAACAAUUAAUCGUGCUUUUGACUAGAGAAUCUGCCCGGAGGAUGGUGCAUUUGAUCAACUUCACUGCUUCGGUUGCCAAUAAAAUUAACAGGAACGUCGCCUACUCGGUUACCGUUUUGGUGAAUAAAUUCAUCGGUGUAGCCGAGUCGGUCGUUAAAACUGCUCAUCUCGAACAAGUCCAACACAACACAGCUUCAAUAAUCAGAUCGCGCGCUCAUUCUUUUACGUUGAUGUUGAAACAAUUAAAUGUACAACUUACGGAUCUUCUGGAUAACUGGGCUAAGCAACUAGCUGUCACUCCUACCAACGAAGAACCCAAACAACUCCAAGCAGCUUUGCCAGUACCUCAAAUUAAGUUUCAAUCGCUGAAAUCCUUCCAUGUUGGUAACGCCAACAAUCAGAAUCAAAAUAAUGGAUACGAGUUCAGUACAACAACGGAAAAUUCUUAUUGAUUGAUUUGUUUGAAUUAAUCCUUUCGCUCGGGAUUUCUAUUUUAAACUUAAGAGCCAUCUUUCUAAUACAUUUCUAUUAUUGUUUAAGUGAGCUUGGAAUUAAUUUCAACUAAAAGCACUUUGUGCGUUUUGUAUGAAACCCAAAAAAUGUACUUGGCGUAUGAUUUUCCACUCAAAAAUUUCUUACCAAAGUCUUCUGUUGUUACGUGAGCGAAAGAUUUAAAUAUUAUACAUAUUAUUAAUUUAUUCAGUUUUUAAAAAUUAUGUUAGUUAAUAAAUAGUUUUGCCUAGGAAUGUUGGUUAUCAUUGUUUAUGAAAUGUAAGUGUAUUUAAUAAAGUUUAUAACGAA